GUGAUAAUUGUGUACCAGACGAAAUAACAUGAGAUUGAACGCUGAUUUUAUUGCCGGGGUGGUCGCUGGGAUAGUCCUGUUUCUUAUUUUUGGAGAAUUAAGAACGUUACUUGAAAACAAUCCGACGCUAUUACAACGCCAGCCACAACCGUCAAUCAAAGCAGUCAAAACAAAAUCAAGAUACACCCAUCCUUUCUUUGUGGAACUGGACAAAGAUAACGACUUUGUAUAUUUACAACUACCUGUAGAUGACAGAGAGACGACCGUCUAUAAUGGUAUGACGAAGAAGGAGUAUGAUAUAUUAGAAAUGGACUAUCUCAGAUAUAUCGUUACCCAACAGUACGACUGCCGUGAACGGGUACGUGCUGGGAACAUAGACGAAGGCGGCUGGGAAGUAUGCUUGGACCCGCCGUUUAACAUCAAGAGAAACCAGUGCCUGGUCUACUCUUUUGGGAUAAAGGAUGACUGGUCUUACGAUGAUUAUAUGGUGAAAAAGGGCUGCGAAGUGCAUUCUUUUGAUCCAACAAUAGGCAAAGAAGACCAUCAGAGAAAGCCACGUAAUUUUUUCCAUAAUUUGGGUUUAAGUGGUUUUGAUGGAGUGCAAGGAUUUCCAGUGAAAAAACUCAGCACCAUCAUGCAGAUGCUUGGUCAUACAAAGAGAACCAUAGACUUUCUAAAAUUCGACAUCGAACUGUCGGAGUGGUCUGCUAUAAAGACCAUGAUAGAAGAUAGAAGUAUACUGAAAGUAAAGCAGAUGGCCGCUGAGCUCCACACACCGUUUAACAGUCGUGUUAUACCUACGAUGGAACAGAUGCAGCUUAUCAAGGACUUGAAGAACACUGGAUUCAAAAUAUUCUUUUCAUCGUACCAAUUCAGUCCUCACUGCAGGAAAUUUUCUCCUCAAACGAAGCGUCUCGUGCACGCUUUUAUAAAUAUACAUUUUGUCAACACGAAUUUUGUGAACGAGAAGCGAUAAAAAGUUACUGUAUGUCAGUGGAUAAGAGGGUUGCAUUUCUGACUUUUACUUUAUAUAUUCAAAGGGACCAUCUUAUAUAAGGUUGUUGCUAAUGAGAGAAAUACUAUUCCCAUUCUGCUUAUUUAAUAAUAAUAACAACAAGUACGCGGAGAGCUUAGACUUCCGCCAAGGACUUUACACAAAUAAAUUGUGAUAGUUGAGAGCAUAUUCAUUGCACAACGGUCAAAGUUAUUAGUCCUAUGUCGCAGUGAUAAAGAAUCCCGUAUAUUUUCCAGAUGGUAGGCCUAAUACGGACAACGAUUCACUACAAAAAUCUAGUCACUUUGAGGGUAGUGAUUCCUAGUAGUGUAUCCUGAAGAUUUCAUCAAAAACCAUGACAUACGUUUACAGUCAGGCUCGUGACAAACAAAAAACAAAGGGAGGUGGAUUCAGUGUAAGCCUGAAGAAAGUUAGUUUUGAAAUAGAUUUAAAACAAAAUGAGGAAUAGUACCGGAAUUUUGAAAUUAUACAACAGCAAAUUUGAUCUAUAUUUCUUGUAGUAGAUAGUUUGUUCCGUAUGUUAUAUUAAGUUCUUA